GAAUUCAAUCAAAAACGGUCACGUGACAUUUGUGUACGAUUUUAAGUUUAAUUAAGGUUUAGUUCUGACAAAUUUCUUAUCUAUCAUAUGUCAAAUCAUACACAUAAAACACGGACGAUAAGGUAAAUGAAAACAUAGGAAUUUUACGUGACUGAACUGUCAAUGGUGUGCGGUGUGCGUCUGAGAACUUUCUAUGCGUUCCGAUUUUCGAUCGUGAGUGACGGUAAUUUGGUUGAACGUCAUCUGUGAAUAUUACAGGUAGAAUAACCUAAAAAAAAUGAGAAGAGCCACCAAAACAGUUAUUUGCCUGUGAUCCACUUAAAUGUUUCUGCAUUCGAUUGGGCUCGAUCAACGUAACGGACGUAAAACUGGACUUAUUUACAAUUGUGAUAGUGCGAUCAGUGAAAUCUUUGUUCUAACGCGUUAUCUCCUAAUUAAUCGUAAUUUCACUAGACAUUCCUUCACGGUUGGAACUAAUUAACAAUACGAUUUGCGAAAAUGUGGAUGCCUACUCAUGUAAACGUAACUGUUAUUAGAGGCGCAGAUCUAUUGACCAAAGGCAAAAACAACACAAAUGACUGCUUCGUUACUAUUGGGCUUGGGAAAACUAAAUAUCAAACAUCAGUUAAAAAGAAUGCAUCACCUUCAGUGGAAUGGAGAGAGGAAUGUGAACUACCAAUACCUGAUCAGGGAAAUACAGCCGAGUUAGUACUGACGGCUUAUCACCACAGCUUUGUUGAUGAAUUUCUUGGCCGUGUCAAAAUCCCUCUGAACAGUCUAGAAAUAUAUGAAAGACCCAAGAACAAAUGGUACACACUCGAAUCAAAAAACAAACCAGGAAAAGAAACUAAACACAAAGAAAGAGGAAGAUUGGAAGUAAAAAUAGGUUUCAUUGUAAAAUCCGGCAGUUUAACAGACCUGAGUAAAAAAGAAAAGCAUAAAUCAUCAAUUGGGCAACUGUCGGCGGUCGCCCAAAGUGUCGGAGGCAGUCUACUCAGCUUGGGCAGCGUAGAGAAACGCAAGGGCAUAAAGAAAUUCGCAAAAUCAAUCGGUUCGAAAAUGGUUAGGGGAAAGAAAAAAGACGGCGACUUCGACGACGGCGGUUCCUCUAUUGGAAGUGUCGGAAGUUUGAAAAUCAGAAGCAACACCAGUUUCGACAAGUUCAAGAGCAAACAAACUAUGGAUGACGCGGAUCCUGGUGUUGUGAGCGAAGACGACGAUUUUAAUUUUGACGACCUCUCCCACAAAAGUUCGGCGAGUUCUCUGAGCCAAAACUUAAAUGGAACCACUACAUCACUUGACAACGUAUCGGAUUCGAGGAAAGUAAGUUCACCUCCGGCCAAACCUCCUCGCCAGGAGCCAAAAGCACAAGACGAGUGGGAGUCCAAGCUGUUUGGAAACAAAAGCAAAACACUGCUGAAACCCGGAAGCAGCGAGUCUUUAAACAGAAGGUCUUGGGACUCAUCCAAACUAUCAUCACAAAUUGAAGAGGAGGAUCCUGCUGAUUUGCUUGAGGUGUCCAACGCCGAAGACAGUAUUAGUGCAAAAGUUAAUAAAACACCUGAGCCAGUCAAGAAGGACGAAAAAGAAGGCAUGUUUUCCAAAUUUAAGCAUUUCAGAAAAGAGAAAAAUGAGUUAGAUACGAAACUUGAGAAGCGUCAAAAUGCUCAUGAACGUAUUGUUAUAGGAGGAGAGAAUGAAAUGCCUGUAGCACCAAUUAACAACAGAAUCUCAAAUGAGUUGCUACAGAAGUUUGAAGGAAAAACCAGAGAGGAUUUGAUUUUGUCGCUGUGCGACACCCAACUAGAACUUGACAAACAAAAAAAGAAGUUGAAAGAUUUGGAGGAUUAUUUGGAUGACCUUCUAUUGAGGGUGAUGGAGACCCAACCGAAAAUUUUGCAAAACCCGUACGUUACCUGCAAAAUUGCACAUUCAAAAUUUUCUAAUAUUUUCCAGUAGUUGAAAGGAGCCUUAUUUUGUAAUGACAUGGUGCUGAAACCUAAAAUCCAUCCAUUUGACGAGAACUUUUUGGAACAUACUGUGAUUCUAACAUUAAAUGGCCAUUUCUGUUGUUGAAGGCUUUAAUAUGAUAUUUAUCUUCACAUAACUAACGUUAGUUUUUAGUAAUCUUGAAUUUUAAAUGUUAUUUUCUAUUGCUUGUUUUAAUGAUAAAUUGCCAAAUGGCUCACCAUGAGAGAGAAAAUAUUGUAUAUUUAUUUAUUAAUUAUAUACACUUUAUAUGUAUAUUUAAAUCACUGGUGUAACAUCAUUAACUGUAAUUCAAUUGUUGAGACCUAAACAUCACAUACUUUUAAUUAUUUUUCAAGUUUUUCUAUGUCUUCCUUAUACGGAGACUAUUUUAUUGUUUUUUAAAAUUUAUGGUUAAGGAAUAUUUUCUAAUAUAUAUUUUAUACAAAAAAUAUUAAACAAAUGUACUGA